UGGACGGGGCCGCAGGCGUCCCAGCGCGCAGGCGCCGGCCUCAUGCUGAGGACCUUGACUCGCGCGGUGGGCCGCGCCGCCGUCCGCUGCGCUCGCAGCUCCCGGCCGCCUGAGGCGCGCGCCGCCGCCGCCGCUGCCGCCAUGUCCCGGUCCCCGCGGGCCGCCUCUGGCUCCCCGGCCCGGCCCGCCACCGUGCUGGGCACCAUGGGGAUGGGGCGCCGCAUGGACGCGCCCGCCAGCGCCGCGGCCGUGCGCGCCUUCCUGGAGCGCGGCCACGCUGAGCUGGACACGGCCUUCAUGUACAACGACGGCCGGUCCGAGAGCAUCCUGGGAGGCCUGGGGCUCGGGCUGGGCGGCCGCGACUGCACAGCGAAAAUUGCCACCAAGGCCAAUCCCUGGGAGGGGAAGUCUCUGAAGGCUGACAGCCUCCGGUCCCAGCUGGAGACGUCGCUCCAGCGGCUGCAGUGCCCCCGGGUCGACCUCUUCUAUCUGCACGCGCCGGACCACGGCACCCCUGUGGAAGAGACGCUGCACGCCUGCCACCAGCUGCACCAGGAGGGCAAGUUCGUGGAGCUCGGCCUCUCCAACUAUGCCUCCUGGGAGGUGGCCGAGAUCUGUACCCUGUGCAGGAGCAACGGCUGGAUCCAGCCCACCGUGUACCAGGGCAUGUACAACGCCACCACCCGGCAGGUGGAGGCGGAGCUGCUGCCCUGCCUCCGGCGCUUUGGACUGAGGUUCUACGCCUACAACCCUCUGGCUGGAGGCCUGCUGACCGGCAGGUACAAGUAUGAGGACAAGGACGGGAAACAGCCCGAGGGCCGCUUCUUUGGGAACAGCUGGGCAGAGGUCUACAGGAAUCGCUACUGGAAGGAGCAGCACUUCGAGGGCAUCGCCCUGGUGGAGAAGGCCCUGCAGGCUGCGUACGGCAGCAGCGCCCCCAGCAUGACCUCAGCCGCCCUCCGGUGGAUGUACCACCACUCCCAGCUCCAGGGCACCCAUGGGGACGCAGUCAUCCUGGGCAUGUCCAGCCUGGAGCAGCUGGAAGAGAACUUGGCGGCCACUGAGGAAGGGCCCCUGGAGCCGGCCGUCGUGCAGGCCUUUGAUCAGGCCUGGCGCCUGGUCGCCCACGAUUGCCCCAACUACUUCCGCUAGGCUCCUGCCCAGGUCAGGCGCCGAAGGGUUCUUCCUUUUCUGUCGCCUCUUCUGCGCUCUCCCUGGCUGGUCUUUGCCUUAAGCUGGUUUCGCGUGGUCUUUCUCCACUGUCUGGAUCCGGGCGUAACUUUUCUAGACCCCCGCCUCGCUCCCUGUUGCCCUCACAAUGUAUAACGCCGUGGGCUGAGCCCCUCUGGGGCACCUCCCGUCUGAAUAAAGCCAACCCUAGGCCUGCCUG